GUCACACUGUUCAUUACUGAAACAGUUUCUGCGCGUCGUUGUUUUAAUUUUAGAGCCGAGAGGCAAACUUUGCACAAGUGUUCGUUUAAUUAUUUGACUAUUUGAGAGGAACGCUAUGAGCUCGCACGACGACAUUCCCGGAACGUCGAAUGGCAGAAAGUCGCGCUCAAAGCGACGCGACAAAUGGCAUUCCCGCAGCAGAAACUCCAGCAGCGGAACCAUGCCGUCGCCAUCGGGAAACUUUGGUCGGCGCCCCGAGAACAGACCCAGUAAUGGCGUCAAUGGUUCCAGAAUGGUGGAUCGCGUGCUGGUGGCCAAUGCUUUUGCUGCGGAAAUGUCCGCAAACGAAUCCAACAGCAGCCCAAACAGUGAAUACAAUGUGUAUGGCCCCUUGAAGCUGGCCAAAGAAAACAAUGAUAAGAAGCACAAAAAGAAGAAUAAAAAGUCGAAAGAAGACCGCAAACCGACAAAUGCCGGAUUGAAGGGAUAUUCCGGAACAAAUCCUUCCCUAUCUUAUAUGCAGCAAGGAAUGUUAGAUGACUCCGAAGAGGAAACGCGGUCGCCAGCUGAGAUCAGGGCCCUUUGCACGAGUGGUCUGAGGGUAUUCCCCCGUGAACAACAGACAGAAUCAACGGCAAAAUCAGCAGCACAGGCCGUUGCUGGUGCUCCAGCUGAUCCCGCUAGUCUGGACACUCCGAUGUCAACAUCACCAUCACCAUCCUCCCGCACGGAGAAGACCCAUCCUUCCGUCCAACUAACAACAACAGCAACAAAAACUACAUCAACAACAACAACUUCCUCCUGUCCUAAUAUAACCACUCCAGUAUCGUCCGCAUCAACAGUAAGACCAGUAACACCAUUAACGACCCCUCCGACUCCGACGACUCCUCUCAGCCCAACAUUUUCACCAACGGCACCUGCCAACAACAACAGCAACCACUCUUUGGAGAACAUCUCAAACAACUCGUCUGUGGCUUCAAGCACAAGCAUAAGCGAACCAGAACCACCACCACCAACAACAACAGCAACUGCAAGUCAGCAGCAGCAAACACCAACAGAUUUAGACAAGAAGGAUGAGGCGGUGAUUUCUGCUGGCACGGCUCCGGUGUCUCGCUCCGGUUCCUCGAAUCCUUUUUCACGAAAACGCCCAGGGUCGUCAAUCAAAACUAAGGACCACGACGAUCUUUCAAAAAACAAGAAGAGGAAUCGUGGGCCACCACCAAGACUCAUCUGCGCGGAUGACGACGAUCCAGAGGAAGUGAUGCCACCCGCGACGACCAAUCGACGCAAGAGUGUUUACUCGGAGUCAGGCAAAAGGGUAAAGCCAAAUAUUAUCGACGAGCUCUAUCGCGUGCCGUUCAAAUAUGGCUGGACGCGUGAGGUGGUAAUUCCAAGCCCUUCCACCAACAGCUCGAAUCACAUAUUCUACACAUCGCCCUCAGGCAAGAAGUGCCGAAAAAUUAGUGAAAUUAUACCAAUGCUGGAGGGGGAACUCACCAAAGAAAAUUUUCUCUUCGGGACGCAUAUCCUGGGUGCCGAAGCCCAGUACGAGACGAUCCGCCAGGCCUUGAAUCGUGAAGAGCACCUUGCCGCGUUAAAGGAGCGCCACAAAACCGACAAAACAAAGGCUAAACAGAAACGUCGUCAGACGAUCGGAGCCGAGUCCCAUUCGGUUCUCCAGGCAGAAGCUGGCACAGCGGCGUUUGGCAAACGUCUCAAAUCGAUCGACGAUUUGCUGUCGAUGGCAGACGAAUCUAUGACACGUCUGGCACUCGAACCUGUGAAAAUACUGGCAGCCAAAGUGGUGGAAGCCCCUGUAAUGGGCAAACACGUACCCAAGCCCAAGUUGCCGAAGGGCGCCAGCUCUGUCCCUGAGAGUUGGACCGCCACCAUGGCCGUCAAGGGGAAUGCGCGCCUCCUUGCCGCCGCCAUAAAUGGGAACGCCAGAGCUGCUGCAUCUUCGACCGUAACCAGCAGUUCAUGCGCCGCCCCAGUGCGCCAGGAAACGCGCGAGACCUGUGGAUUCUGCCUAAAGCUAAUCGAGGGGAGCGUCUGCCAGAGCUGCGUGCAGUCGGCGGAGGGAGUGGAUGCUGUUCCCCUGAUGGGUGCAUACGGGGAGCUACAGGACGGCGAGGGGGAAAGCGAGAAGAGCUACCAGGCGGGCACUGUUAGCAAUGGGCUGGACGACAUAAAAGUGCUCGAGCCGCCUGGCGAGAUGCCGCCGGCGGAGCUACUCAGCACAGACACAACCCCAUCCCCUACGCCCAUUAAUUUGUACACGCACCAAGAAGUCGUGGUCAUCAGCGGUCAGAAGGCGAUUUCCGCCGUUGCAGAGCCGGCUAUGACAAGCCAACAAAAAGUACUUGUCCCAAAUCCGCCGGACUUGACUAGUUACUAUGAAGUCUACGAUAAACGGAUUGCUGCACCCAAGCAAUCGUCUCCACCCGAUAAUCCGUGGGAGCAGAUGUUUGGAAGCGGCUUCAAUUGCCGGUACUUAACCAGCAUAAUGCAGACACUAAACCAGCAGGAAAGGGCCAAUUGCUCGGAAGUGUCCAAGCUGUGGCACUUGUGCUCCCGUGACGCUGAAGUAUGGAAAUCAGUUUCGCUUCGCGACACAAAGGUCAACAAUUGGCCAGCUUUGGUGCGUGAGAUGGCACGCAACGGCACACGCGAUCUGGACAUGAUGGGCGCGAUCAUACCCACUAGCGGUACCCUCGUCGCUGGGGACAUGCGCGUGCUGACGGAUAUGCGCUCGCUGCGCACCGAUCAUAUGAAAGCUGACUUCCUGCACCAGAUCUUCCGUAGCUUGCCUCAACUUGAGAAGCUGAUGUGCACUUGCGUCAGCUCGGGCCUCAACAUGACCGACAUCGAUAAGAUCGAAAACCUGAAGGAGCUGCGCGUUCGCAUGACCGAUACGAAGGCAUCGAUCACCGGUCUGCCCCUCGUAGGCAAACUGACGCACCUGCGCGCCCUGGGCCUGCGCGGCGUUAAGAAUUUGGGUAGCUUGCUGUUUCUAAAGGAUCUACCCAAUCUGGAGACUCUGAUUCUGGGCUACUGCCAGAGCAUGCACCGCCUCCAGCUGGGCAACGAGGUGCUCCCGACACACACGAAAUUGCAGACGUUCCGCAUAGAAACGGACCAAAGGAAGAAGACUUUGUUCCCAGUCGACGAGAUCAUGAGGGGACUCGCCCAAGCCGGGGGCGUCCGUCGCCUCGAGCUGGUCAACGUGGAUUUGGACGGAAACUUUAGCGAUCUGCUGUCCAAGUGUCCCACGGUGGAAGAGCUGCUGCUGAUCCCCAAAUGCCAGACCAACUCGGCACUCAUGAUGCGCGCCGUAAUGGAUAUCAGCAAAAAUGGAAAUCAGCUAAAGCUCUUUAAAUUGGUGCUCGUCACCCAGCUGCUCACCGCAACGAGCGCCUUGGUCGGUAAUCCCGAUGUGCCCAUGGUCCCCGUAGUCCGUCCUGUGCCCGGUAUACCGCUCAACGAUCCCUUGAACAUCUGCUCGGAUGAAUGUCAUCAGCAGGGGCAUUCCAUGUGUGUGGCCGUUUUGCCCUUCGAACGUUUGAAAGUUAUAAUGGCAGAGAUGAUGCCGUAUUCGUCUCUGUCUGUAGUCACCACGGCCAUGGUGGACACACCUUCAAUCCAGCUUGAGCGUCUUCCUCCCGAUGCGGCGGUCCCGACACCAAUAAUGAUCCUGAACUUUUGAGCCAAACAAAAUAAUAUCCUGUCAUUUCUUACCCAGGACAACCCCUCCCCAACCCACCAAACCAACGGAAUACACCUUCAUCAGAGAAAGUCAAGACUGAGUCUUUGAGAGCCAUCACAAACACACGGAUAAACACAAGUUAAAGAGUUAAACAAUUAAGCUAUGAAAGUAUUAGGACGCUUUAUUUUACGUUAUCGUAUUUCAUGUAUCGUAGCUGCCAAGUGGCUACAAAUGGAAAUGAUUUUGUUUAUUUUGAUUUUUGCAUUACAUUUUGGAUUAACUUAGUUUAAGGCGCGUUUCAAACGUCGCACUGAACGCGGCACUGAAGUGAAAGAAUUAACUGAUGACCACACCACGAAACCCGUAUAUACAUGCUCGUAUAUACACCAGAGAAGAAAGUGUAGUCGUUUAGUUUAGAUAUAACUAUUACUAUUACUGUUUCAAUUUAAUUCGAUGUGUAGUACUCCUACCCACUACAAUGAAAAGAUAUUUUUUUUUUAUUUUUUUUUUUGCUAUUACGAUUGAUGGCCGCAUAGAAGUUCACUAAACUGAAAGAUAAUCAAAAGGGGCUUGGCAUUCCAAAGGAAACAUGCCAGCCGUGGAAGAGACGUUUGACUGGAAUCGAACAAAACAAUAGACUAUAUUCAAUCGUAUAGACUUUGAUUUUGUAGUGUUAAGCCCUUCAGUCUGUUAAUUAAUUUCAAGGACAGCCGCAGCACAGCCAUAUCUGGACUGCAUAUCUGCACUGCGACUUGCUGGCUGACCUUUGAGCACGAAUAUAUUACCAUUAAAAUCUGUGUGAGUUUCUCCGAA